UUCUUCUCUGUUUCUGUGUCUCUUCGUUAAACCUGUUUGUUGGCCUAUUAACCUUCCCUUCCUCGAAAAAGCCCGGUUUUGUAUUCCUUCACCCAAAACCCACAUCUCAAAAAUCCUCCAACGCGCAAGCCCUAACCAUUUGUUUCCCCUUCUCUCGGUUUGUUUCCCGAGAAAAUUCGGAUUCAAUUCACAUCCCGAACAUCUAUAGGAAAUCAUAUAUUUAUUCAAUUGGAGGUUUCCCAAUGGCAAACGGCACCGACUCGGAAGAGUUUGUUGUGUUGUCUCGGGUUCGUACGGGUCUGAAGCGCGAAUUCGCAUUCGCUUUGAAGGUCCAGUCGGAGAUGUGCGGGUCUCUGGGUCGGACCCGAGCGAGGAAGGCGAAUAACGGGUCGUUGGGUAGUCCGACCGGAAAGAGGUUGAGGAUCUCGGAGAAGGAUUCUCAACCGAGCAAUGGUUGGGUUGGCGAUGGCGGCUACUCCAUAAGCGAAGAGGAGGAAGCGAAGAGCGACGUGGUGGAUGCUGUGAGCGACGACGAGCGCGGCAGUCAUCGUUCUGUGCCUGUUGUUGGUGGCGAGAGAGAUUGCGGAGGAGAAGAUUUGAAGAGUGGUGUGGUGGAAACUCCCAGCGACGACGAGCCUAAGGGUGAUCAAAUAGUGGAUUCGGUGAUUCGGGAAGAGUUGAAUGAGGAGGGAGUGGUUGAAUCUCUGAACAAAGAGAAACCUAAUGAGGAAGAAGCAGAGAACAGCGAUUCCAAGACACCUUCAGAAGAAGAACAAGCCACUCCAAUGACAGUGGUUGAGAAGCCAUUAAGGAGAUUUACGAGGUCUGCAUUGAAGAUAAAGCCAGAGACCGAGGUGGAAGAGAGGGAUUCCAAUGUGGGCAGUUCAUUAGUCACUCCACCAGCGAAGGCUGAGAUGAGAACGCACGGUUCAAACAAGAAGUUCCCUGCAAAGUUGAAAGACCUUCUCGGGACUGGUAUUCUAGAGGGACAGCCCGUUAGAUAUAUUAGAGGCACGAAGGUAAGGGAACUUGGAGAUGCAGGGCUUCGAGGGGUAAUUAGAGGCUCUGGUGUAGAAUGCCAUUGCGAUGUUUGUAAAGGAUUGGAGAUUAUUUCGCCUACCGUAUUUGAGCUGCAUGCGGGCAGUUCAAAUAAACGCCCGCCAGAGUAUAUAUACCUUCAGAAUGGAAACACUCUCCGUGAUGUUAUUAAUGCAUGCCAUAAUUCUACGUUGGUCACUUUGGAAGAAGCUGUCCGGAGGGCCAUUGGUUGUUCGAUUAUUAGUAAAUGUACAAUCUGUCUCAAUUGCAAAGCUUCUAUUCCUGAAGCUGACACUGGAAUGGCAACGGUUCUUUGCAAUACUUGCAUGAGGUUGAAAGAAUCUCGAGUUAACCUUGUUGAAACUGCUAACAACGCUGAUGAGUCACCAAAAUCAACUGUGGUUACAAAAAUCUCUCAAAGUUUGUCAAAGUGUAACCCAUCAGAAAGUAAGAGUCAAGGACGAAUAACCAGAAAAGAUAUAAGGCUGCACAAGUUGGUAUUUGAGGAGGAUAUCUUGCCAGAUGGAACUGAAGUUGCUUAUUAUGUUCGUGGAAAGAAACUCUUGGUUGGUUACAAGAAGGGCUCAGGAAUCUUUUGUAGUUGCUGCAAUUCUGAGGUCAGCCCCUCUCAGUUUGAAGCUCAUGCUGGUUGGGCAUCACGUCGGAAGCCUUACCUCCACAUUUACACAUCCAAUGGGGUUUCUCUCCAUGAAUUGUCAUUGUCUCUGUCAAGGGAUAGAAAGUUUGCCUCUAAAGAAAAUGAUGAUCUCUGCACUGUCUGUCUAGAUGGGGGAGAACUUUUGUGUUGUGAUGGAUGUCCAAGGGCGUUUCAUCCAGAUUGUCUUCAUUUACCAAACAUACCUACCGGCAGUUGGUUUUGCAAAUAUUGCGAGAAUCUGUUUGAAAAAGAAAAAUUUGUGGAGUUUAAUGCAAAUGCUGUAGCAGCUGGAAGGGUCCCAGGAAUUGAUCCUAUUGAACAGAUAACCAACCGUUGCAUUCGCAUUAUCAAUACUGAAGAUGUUGGCUUUGGUGGAUGUGCGCUCUGCAGGGGUCAUGAAUUCAGCAAAUCUGGUUUUGGUCCUGGCACGGUUAUUUUUUGUGAUCAGUGUGAGAAGGAGUUUCAUGUAGGCUGUUUGAAGGAUCAUCAAAUGGAAGAUCUGAAGGAAGUGCCAAAAGGGAUGUGGUUCUGUUGCUCGGACUGCCACAGGAUUAAUUCAGCUUUGCAGAAAUUGGUAGCCCAUGGAGAACAGGAGCUUCCAGACUCUCUUUUGAAUGCCAUAAGGAAGAAGCAGAAUAAGGAUAAUUCAGAGAAUGAGGGUAGUGCUGAAGUAAAAUGGAGGGUACUUAAUGGAAAAAUGACCUCUGAUGAUGAAACUAAGCUACUGUGUUCCAAAAUUCUUUCAAUCUUUCAUGAUUCUUUCACUCCUAUAAUUGAUUCUGAUACACAAAGUGACAUUAUCCAAUUGAUGCUUAAUGGCUACAACAAGGAGGGCGGCCCAGAUUUCAGUCGGAUGUACUGUGCAAUACUAACAGUCGACAAAUCUGUCGUUUCGGCUGGAAUGUUUCGUAUCUAUGGAACAGAAGUGGCAGAACUUCCUUUAGUGGCGACAAGUGCUCAAUCCCAAGGACAGGGUUACUUCCAGACCUUAUUUUCAUGUGUUGAACGAUUUCUUGCAUUCUUGAAUGUGAGAAAUCUUGUAUUACCAGCUGCUGAUGGGGCUGAAUCAAUAUGGACGAAGAAAUUUGGUUUUGAUAAGUUAGCACAAGAUCAGAUAAACAAGUACAGGAAAUAUCAUCCAAUCAUGAUCUUUCAAGGGACCUCAGUGCUGUGGAAGCCAGUCCCCAAGUGUAGAAUUAUUGGUCCAUAAAAUGAUAGCUGCAUAGUGGAUGGUCAUUGAUACAUUCUUUGGUUUUGCCUUUUUGGUUAUCCAUAAGAAGCGAAGGCAUUGGAAGUCUUUUCCUCAAGAAUGUAUAGGGUCCUUGUCUUUUAAUGUACAUGAAAGCAGAUAGUAUACCUGUAAAGCUUACAAGCUGUGAACUUUCUCUUUUUGUUCUUUAGGUAGCAUGUAAAAAUGAGAGAAGGUAGAUAUUUGUUAGGCGAAAGCAAGGAAUAGAUGCAGGUUCUUGAAUGACCUUACAAAAUUUUGUAAUCCAUAGAAAACCUAGAGAUCAUGCCAAAUGGAAAAUGGAAAAUGUUGAGCUUUGUCCC